UGUCGAGGGCUAAGCUGCCCCAUUAACGGAUCCAACAAUUGGAAACUCAUCUCCCAUUCUCCCGCGUUUCUUUAAUACAUUUUGGAGUACCAUUGAGAGUCUCCCCACAUUCAAACACUCUCACUUUUUCUCUCAGCUACUCAAAACUCAACCAUACACACACUUUCUCUCUUCUUCUUCUUCUUCUUCUUCUUGUGGUUACUCAGAAGAAGAUGAAUUCGAAGCCAUUCAAGGGUUCAAAUGUGUUCAUGUCUAGAAAUUUAGUUCCUCCUGAAGUCUUCGAUUCACUUCUCGAUGCCCUAAAACUCAACGGCGCUAAUGUCUUCCAUUGUUGCGAUCCUUCUCGCAACUCUCCCGAUGAUUUUCACGUCAUUGCAUCCUCACUCCAUGAGAAAUUCGAGGAUUUGAGAGCCAAAGGAUGCAAUUUACUCGGUCCACAAUGCAUUCUUUCCUGUGCAAAAGAGAGGCGAGCGCUUCCUAAGCUUGGAUUUGUUUGUUGUCUUGCUAUGGAUGGUGUGAAAGUGCUUGCAUCUGGCUUUGGGCAAGAGGAAAGGGAAAAAAUUGGAAAGCUAGUGAUUGCUAUGAGUGGAAGCUUUCAUACCAAGGCUUCCUCGGAUGUUAGCUUUGUUAUUGUGAAGAAUGUGAUGGCUGGAAAGUACAAGUGGGCUGCAAGCAAAGAGAAGCAUAUAGUCACCAUCAAUUGGUUGAAUCAGUGCUGGGUUGAGCAUCGUGUUGUUCCCUUGGAGUCAUAUCGAGUCCCGCCAUUCUUGGGGUUGAUAAUCUCUGUUACUAGAAUUCCUGGAGAUGAGCGGAAGGAAAUGGAGAAGCUUAUUAUACAAAAUGGUGGAAAGUACUCUGCUGAAUUAACCAAGCUCUGCACACAUCUAAUUUGUGAAGUUCCAGAAGGUGACAAAUAUAAAGUUGCUAAGAGAUGGGGGAACAUCUGUAUUGUUACUCGAAAAUGGUUUGAUCAGUCGAUUGCUAGGAGAGGUAGGCUUCAGGUAUGUCUUGAUGAGGAGGUUUAUUCAGUUCAGAGUGGUACAAUAUCUUCAGCUUCUGCCUUAAGGAAUAAACUAACAGCCAAGUCUUGUCAGGAUAAGUCUACGACUAAGUCACAAUCUGUCUUGUCAUCAGCAGCCACAGAUUCAUCUUUGCAAGCAGUUCGAUCUGUUGGGACUACAGAGUCUGACAUGGAUAUUGCUUAUUCUCAAAACUUCUCUUCUGCAUGUCAGAAUGUCUCUGCUUUUGCCAAGGAGGAAGAGGCUCGACAGCCUGAUCUACCUGAUAAGGACAAAGAGCUAGAAGGCUGUAUUGCUGAUGACUCAGAAGCUGAUGACGAUGACUUAUACCUCUCAGAUUGCAGAAUUUGUCUUGUUGGCUUUAAUGCUUCUGAUGUGCGGAAACUAGUUGGCAUUGUGCGUCAAGGUGGGGGAUCUCGAUACAUGUCAUGCAGUGAGAGAUUAACGCAUAUAGUUGUUGGAGAGCCAUCAGAUGUUGAAAAGCGGGAGCUAAGAGGCUUGGCUGCUCAUGGUGUCAUACAUGUUGUCCGGCGGAACUGGCUUGAAGAUUGUAAUCGUGAAAGGAAAGAGGUUCCUGUAAUUCAGAAGCACAUAGCUUACGAUAUACUUCUUUCCAAAGGCUGUAAAGAUCUGAUGGGCUUUUCAAGUAAAAUAUCAAGUCCUGGCAUGAGCAGUGGUAAACAAGGGGAAAGUUCAUCUAUGAAUUUUAGCUCUCCAGUAGCUUCAACAUCGGGAACUGUAAGUUCAGUUGCUGAGAUCCCAUUGGAGAAAGGUGGAGAGGAUGUCAUGUAUACAGAGCGAAACAGUAGGCACUCUGAAAAGAGAACAAAGACUUCUCCAAGGAGUGAAAAACAUUCGGCUUUGAAAGGCAAAGACACAAGCCAAAGGAAGAUCCAGUGUGGUGAUAGAUCACAAAGUGGGAAGUCCAUAAAAGUGUUUAUUGGGAAACGCUUUUGUUUCUCACAUUCUUUCCCUGGUGAUCGGAGAGAUGAAAUUGUUCAAUGGAUCAAUGAAGGUGGAGGUGAGGUAGUAGAUGAUGAUAUCUUAGUGGAUGUUGACUUCACCAUUGAAUGCCAUGGUGCUCUUACCAUACCAACCAGCACUUUGCAAACUGCUUAUGUGUCAAGUCACUGGGUUCGGUCUUGCUUAGAGGAUGGACGCUUGCUUGAUGCUGAUAGUCACAUACUUUAUUCUCCACUUCCCUGCCGGGUUCCUUUGCCUGGUUUUGAGGGUUUACGGUUCUGUGUAUCACAAUAUGGUGACAAGGAGAGAUUGCUUUUGCGCAAUUUGUGUUUUGUCCUUGGUGCUAAGUUUGUGGAAAAACUUACCAGGAAGGUUACUCAUCUGUUAUGUAAAUUUGCUAAUGGCCCCAAAUAUGAGGCUGCCUGCAAAUGGGGAGUUCACCCUAUUCGAUGUGAGUGGCUUUAUGAAUGUGUCAGGAAGAGUGACAUUGUUUCGCUAGAUAACUUCCACCCAGAAGAAGUUCCUCAAAAUCCUGAGUCAGGGCUAUGCACUGUGACACAGUAUCCUACACAAGCUGCUAGAUUGAUCUCUAUGGAUAGUUCAUCACAGCUCUCAAGUCAGUCCCAGAACUUGAGGAAGGAAGAUACUGUGCAUUCUAAUAAAAGGUGGAGGUUGUUGGAAGUAAAGAGUGGAUCAGAUCAAGAAGUUCGAAAACAUAAAACUUGUGCAGCUGUUGAGAUUCAUGAUGAUGCUAAAGAAAAUGGUCAUGGUGUUCCUGAUGUUGCUGCUGCUAUAGAAGACUUAUUGGAGCAAACAAGCAAAAUUCAGGAUCUAAAAUCACCAGUUCAUUCAGAGUGUGAAAAAAGUAUUUUCUCAUCUGACUGUCCAAUUCUUGUUAGAAAUAAUUUAGGUUCUCACUCUGCUUUUGGGCCCUCUAGACCUUGGUUAAGCAGCCUAGGAAAAGACCUUCAAGAUGCUUCUAAAGAUCAGAGUGCAGGCAAACAUGAAUUGUUUAGCGAAACACAGACAGAUUCUCAGUUGGUUGGUUAUGAAGAAGAUCUAUCUGGCAGACAAAUGAUAAUAGACAGAGUUAGAACGAGAAGUAGCUUGACUUGAAUUGCUCAACCAAAUUUUCGAGAAGAAAUGGAGCAUUGGUUGUGUUUCAGCAGGAAUGAUGCUUUGGAUGUCACUCUGAGAUCAUGGCAUACGGUGUGAACUAAAAUUCAUCACUUUGCAGGAGUGAAUUUCUGAGCAUUCUCUAGAAUGUCUGGCUUGAAAUAGCAGUCUUCAUAUCUACACUCGAUGAAGAGUAGUUCCGAGUUACAGUAGAAGAUUGCAGCAAUUAUCCUGUGAGCUUCUUUCUUUACAGUUGGCUGACCUGCUUAAGGGUCUGUGACAAGUUACAGAGCAAUGAUGCAGUAAGGUAUCAGUUAUUGGGCAUCAAUUUGUUCCUCUCUUAUACCUCUUUUCAUCUCUUGAAGCCAAGUUUCAUCAUAUGAGCUAAUUUAGGCUGCUGUAAUUAUGCUUAUUGGUUCACUUCAUAAGCAUUGCUAAUUGCACGAAGAUACAAUUUAUUCUUAAGCUUUCCUUAUAUGUAUAUGGAAUUAGUGGAUGCUGUUGCUAUAGGAUUUUGUACAUAAGAAUGUAUCUAGUGUAGCCAUUGCACUGUAAGUAGGAGGUUCCGUUUUUUGUAGUAGCAAUGAAUAAUGUCUGAGCUUUUUGUGUAGUGCAUUUCUUUAGGUUGUGGUUAACGGAAACAUUUUGAACAGAAAUUUAUAUCAAUGGAAAUCAGUAAUCAGGUUCUUUUA